GUUACCACUUGCAGCUAACGCACACACUGCGAACCGGCUCGCGAAACUGACGCCGCGCGCGAUUUGCAAAUCGAAAUUCGAAUGCAAAUUUUAUUUUAGUGUAGAUUAAAAAACGAACUCUGGUCAAAAAAAUUAAUAGAUACAAUUAGACUUUAAUAAUAAACAUUUUAAAAUAAACCUUUUUUUUAAGUGUUUGUGAUGAAACUUGGUUGUGAAUAGAAUUUAAAAAUUUUAAGAUUUGUAAGUAACAGUCAUGACGAUUGAUGAGAAAAAUGUUGAAAAUGGAAACAAUUAUAUCACAGAGAAACAAAGUAAAAUCAAUGGAAGUAACAACUUAAUUGGAAACGAUGCUGACAGAAAUAGUUUUAUGAAAAGUAAAGAAAAAAAUAAAGUUAAAAAGGAUGAUAUAGAUACUGAAAUUUUAAAAGAACUAAAUAUUUUUCAAAAAGCAAAACUUAUGAUGUCUCUUAUAACAGUGGAACCAAUUUUGGCAUGCUAUGUUAUGCCGUCUGUUCUUUCAGCUUUGGCUACGCAGAAUUUAUAUUUGGACAAAGCUUGUAGAGUUAAUUUGGGCUUUGAUCAUCACAUAUGUGAUGCUUUGACUAAAAGACAAACAGCCAACUAUACAUUUGAAGAAGAAGCAGUUCAAACUCUAGUCGCUUCUGUAGCUGGAUGGAAAACAGUCUUACAAUCAUUUUUACCCUGUGGAAUUUUAAUAUUCCUAGGAGCAUAUAGUGAUAGAGUUGGGCAAAGAAAGUUUUGUAUGCUUUUGCCCAUUGUUGGUGAAUUCUUAACUAGCAUAGGUCUUAUUAUUAAUACUUAUUUUUUUCACCAAUUACCGGUUGAAGUAGCUGCUGUAACAGAAGCAAUAUUCCCAGCCUUAACUGGAGGCUGGUUUACUAUGUUCAUGGGCGUAUUUAGUUAUAUAGCGGAUGUUACGACUGAGGAACAAAGAACGUUGCGGAUUGGAAUUGUUAAUCUAUUCUAUUCAGUGGGAGUGCCAUUGGGUGCAGCUCUUAGCGGAAUUUUGGUGCGAAAAAUUGGACUGUAUGGUGUCUUCUCUUUAAGUGCUACUAUUUACAUAUUGAGUUUCUUAUAUGGAUACUAUAGAAUUGUGGAAGUCAAAAGAACCGAUCUCAAUGUGAAAAAGACCAAUAACUGUUGUGAAUGGACGCGAGAUUUCUUCGACACGCGUUACGUGAAAGAUACACUGAUGGUCGCCUUCAAACGUGGUCCAAACAACAGGAGAUUAAGAGUGAUUAUGCUUGUAGUUGUCUUGUGUGUUGUAAUUGGACCUAUAUAUGGGGAGAUAUCUGUGAUGUACUUGUUUACACGAUACCGAUUCAACUGGAACGAAGUGGAUUUUAGCAUGUUUUCAACUUAUGCCAUGUGCACUUCCCUAGUGGGGACGCUUUUUUCCGUCGGCGUGUUCAGCCAUCUGUUAAAAUUUGACGACGCCAUAAUUGGAGUGAUCUCUUGUACGAGCAAGAUAUUAUCUGGUUUUAUGUACGCCUUCUCAACAAAAACUUGGCAAAUAUAUAUAGCUCCACUUAUUGAAAUUUUUAAUGGCACGUCAUUUAUUGCAAUGAGGUCGAUGGUGUCGAAGCUGGUCGAGAAAGACGAAUUAGGAAAGGUGAAUUCGUUCUUCGGUGUGGCAGAAGCAAUGAUGCCGCUGGUAUACGCUCCGAUGUACACUACAGUAUAUACUGCGACUAUCAAGACUUUCCCCGGAGCUUUCUUCCUUUUGGGUGGAGGGCUAACUGUGCCCGCUGUACUUAUAUUCUUAUGGUUGUAUUUGGCAAAUAAAAAGCAUAAUAAUGCUAACGCACAACAAAAGGCUAAAGAGAAUCCCACCCCAGAAGAAAAACUCGAAAAAAAUGGCAUUGACAAUAAAGCUUUUGAAACUGAAGAGAAAAAUAAAAUCCCUAAUAAAACUGAUCCUACAGAUAAGAAUGAAUCAGAAAAUGUGGACAGUAGCACCAAUCAGUCUCAAAUCGAAAUGGGCUUCACAGAAAGUAUGCUGUGCACUAGUAAAUUGUAGCACAAAAAAAUACUAUACCUACCUAACCCGAAUUUAUCGACCUGAUGAUGCACAAGUAAAGAUUGCGACUUGGCUGUCCUGCUCGUCUUCAUUCCACAGCUCUACAUUGUUUAUAUUAUGCAAAAAUAUUGUACAUUUAUCAUGCUGCAAACCGUAUUAAAAAUACGUUCACGUAAAUAAGAUAAUUUUAUGUCACAAUAUUGAUAGAGAUUCAAGAAUUUUGUCCUCGUGACUAGUAUUAGAUGCCCUAGGAAGUUGCUUAAUUUGCUUUUAGUAUAACCAAGUUUUGAUUAGAAAUGUUUUGAGACUUAUGCGCUCUAAGUAAUUUUAAAAAGUGAAAAGAGGCUCUUAAUUAAAACAAGCUGAUUGAAGCUGGCUAUAAAGUUGAGAAAGAGAACAUUGCUAUCGAAAAUGAUAUAAGUCAAUUUAUCGGUUAUCAUCAUAAAGAGAAACCGUUGCUUGAGUCUAAAGUUCUUUGAGACAGUUGCCCAAUUGCGGUGCGUUUUUGUAAGUAAAUGACAAAAUGUACAGGAUAAUAACAUUGUGGUUUGUCAGAAUACGACUGAUCCAGAAAUAUAAAGAUAAAAUGUGUUUGCAAAACACUAUUAAUCCUUACAUUAGGAUGGAAAAUAUUUCUGUUUUGUUGUUAUUACAAGUCUAUUGUAUUAAUUGUCAUCGACAUAACUGACAUAGGCCUUACUUACACGUAGCCUUGAGGCGGGCUGUUAAUACUAAGAAAUUAGGAUGAGAUCAUAGACAAUUUUUAGUAUUUUUUGUAGUUUUGAAAUAUUUCUAACCAGUUCGUAUUCGUAAAAUUCAUAAAUACAGAGACAUACGGCUUUACAGAACUGCGCCACUUUAUGUAUUAUGAACGCUGUAAAACAAAAAGCUAUCCCGUUUUUUCAGUUGAUGACAAGUAACGCAAAUGUAUUUGCAAUAUCCGUAGUACCAAGAUUGAAUUGGAACACAAAUUAUCGUACAAUUCAUACAUUAAACAAAAAUAUUCUAAAAAUGCAAAAUUCUAUUGCAAAAUACCAAUUUGACAAUUAAUGCAAAGCCCAUAGAUUAAUUAAUGGAAAGCUCAUAGAUUAAAUAUUUCUUUUAUAGAUUUAUAUUUGUUAAUUUAUCACAAGAUUAGGAAGUUUAUAUAACUCGUGGAAUUAAAAAAACGAAUCGUAAAAGGCUGAUUGUAUGGACUAUCGCAAUCGAUAAGUAAGGAUAAACAAACCUUAGAUUUAAAAAAAAUAAUGCGAUUGAUGAUAGCUUUGCUUUUUACACACUACAAACUGUUCUUGAUUAAUAUAUCUUUCUUUAUAAGACCACUUCCACUUCCAAUUCCACUUACCUACUUAUAUCCACUUUAAUUUUGCUUCCUAAUUUCCGAUAACAAUUUUAACGGCAUUCAAUAGGCAAUUUUUUCACGAAUCCAUAACAAAACCAAUUAGAUCAUAAAUUUUAUAUCUCGACCAAUGAUAUAACGUCAAUUUAAUGUCAAAGUUGUCUUUUGUUUUUACUGCUCCCGAGUUUGGAAUAGUAUAGUCUAUACUUGAAUGGGUCAUACAGUUGGCAAUAAAAUAUGAGUACCUAUUUACAAAUUGUAUGGACAAUGGUUGCAAGUGUUAUUACAAUGAAUAUGGAGAUAUAAUUGUUUGAUAGACGCAAUAACACUCAAGUUUUAUUACUUUUUAAAAAUCAAUAGGAAUGAAUACGUCGUAAGAAAUGAAUUUCCAUUACACGAAUCUUAACUAUUUCUUCUUAAUCUUAACUAAAAAACAAGAUAUAUAUUAACAAAAGUAAGUACUAAAAAUGGUAUUUGUAAAAAUAAAUUUAUGAUAAUUGUGACAGGACACUAAAAUAUGAUCCAAUUUGAUAUUUAAUCUUAUUAUUGUGCACACAUAUGUGCAAGCUAAGACAGGAAUAGUGUACCUAGACAUCAAUAUCAAUCGUUUUUCUAAUGCCAAGGGUUAUAUAAACGCAUAGAACGCAUUUUAAUCUCAAUAAUUUGAAAUUAAUUUUAUUUCAUAAAAUCAGAUUACAAUAAUGCUGAAAGAAAAUUUUAUUAAUAUUUACAUAAUGGGGAAAUCUCCCGAUUAUGUAAAUAUUAAACUCAUAUUACUAUAAUAAAAUUAUAUCAUAUGUCUGUAAUUUAGCUACCUAUACCUUCUAUAAUCAUUUAAUAUACCCACCUAAUUUCACUAAUUUUUGUGGUUCAAUACCACUUCAAAAAGAAUGUUUAUAUCAAACUAUAUAUGUAUGUGUUUUGAUAAAUUACAAAUAAACCAUAGUCUCUUUUAAGGCGAUUGUUGAUAAUUUUUUUAUUUGUUUCUUUGAUGAAAUUAACGUAUUUUGUUGGUAAGUAUUUAACAUUAUCAAUUAUUUUUAUGUGAAAUUCUAGAAAAAAAAAUUCUACAAUAAUUUUGAGUAAGCGAAAUAGGUAAAAAUAAGUCUGUGAUAAUUCUAAUGAAGCUAAUAUAUGUAUAAUAUUAAAGAGAUAGUUAUUAAUUAUUGUUAUUCAUAUAUGACUGUGAUGGGAUUUAAUAAUUUAAUUAAAUUAAAUUAUUUAUAUAUUAUUGUAUAAUACAAUUUGUUAUAUAUUAAGUACCACUGUGAUUCUAAUUAUGUAUUCGGAUUACCAACAAUAUAAAAUUAAGGUACUUAAGAUAUUAAUUAUUUGAUAUUUUUAUUAUAUAAUAUUGUAUGUAUAUAGAGAUGGUGUAUACAUUGGAUUAUCAAAAUGUUAUGUUAGAGUUUUAGUUGUAGAUAUAAAUAUGUAUGACUAUUAAGUACUUAUA